GAAAUAAGAAUUGCUAUAAAUGAUUUGAAACUGAACAAAGCUACAGGCAUUGAUAACAUACCUAAUGAAAUUUUGAUUUAUUGUAAAAAUGUUUUAAUGUCAAGUUUAAUACGUUUAUUUAAUAAUAUUUUAGAUUUGGGAUGCUAUCCAUCCUCAUGGAAUAAAGGUUGUAUAAUACCUGUUUUUAAAAAAGGUGAUGUAAAUAAUCCAGAUAAUUAUAGAGGUAUAACGUUAGUUGGCUGUAUUGGCAAGCUCUUUACUUUACAUAUUAAAUAA